UUAAAAAUAAUUAAACCUUUUCCUGAUUCUAAUUAGUCAACAAAUGAGCUGUAUGUUGCUUCUUUACUAUUAUUAAAUAGCGGGACGUUUCUAUAAUAUAUCCCAAUUUAAUGCAGAAAAUAAAAUACAGAAAUCAUUGAUUUUGGUCAAAGGAAAGUGCAACAUUAGAGAUCAGAGCUCAGCUGCAGGCGUGUUGUGGCUAAAGACCAGAUAGCAUGCUACAAAGUUAGGGCUGUUAUGAUCUCAAUACCAAUAUUAGCAUAGCUGCUAAAAAAUGGUUUAGAAACAUUUUUGUGUCGCUUUAAGACAAAUUUUUUCAAAUAUUGAUGCCAACACAGUCUGCCAUAAUGAGUCCUAAAAGCUCUAAAAGAUAAACAUCCUAAUUAUUUUAUUAAUUUUAUUCAGUAUCAGAAACUGUCCACUGGCAGCCGCAUUAAAGCAUCUGAAGUUUUCUUUAUGAACCACUUAGGGACAGAAAACGUUGCUCUGACUUUUGACUUUGAACAGCGAAAGUUGAAUGAGAUUGAAAUCACCUAUCAGGGGAAAUUCCUGCAGGAAAUGAAAUCUAUAUUUCCAUAAAGCUUAACAGCAGAAGGAAGCGUUUUCUCCUGAGUUCAGGUGUUUCUCAGGGUUCAGGGGCCAUUUAACCAUGACGGCUCCAGGCUCAGUCCACACUGACCUUUGAACUGUCUUAGCUUUGGUGGGAGUCCCUGUUGCUUCUUCCUUCCUUCCUUCCACUCAACUUUCCAGUCUGUGGAGCCAUUUUCCUGAGCACUGACCCUUUGAGGUUUACUUCCUUUGUGGAUGGAGUCAUGACCGUCAGUUGGACCGCUGUCCUGACCUGGUUCUGUUGGAUUUUUCUGGGUCUGAACUUGGAAAUUCCCCCUUAGGUCCAGAGAACCAGUGACUAGUGCAGUGUGUUGAGAUAUCAGCUCUUCCAAAGGUCAUCAGAGCCCAACGCCGGCGGCACUCUGAGCGCCAUGUCGAGCCGAGGAGGAAAGAAAAAGACGACCAAGACGUCCCGGUCCACCAAGGCCGGCGUCAUCUUCCCUGUGGGGCGCAUGCUGCGCUACAUCAAGAGGGGGCUGCCGAAAUAUCGCAUCGGCGUGGGAGCGCCGGUCUACCUGGCCGCCGUCCUCGAGUACCUGACCGCUGAGAUCUUGGAGCUGGCUGGCAAUGCAGCGAGAGACAACAAAAAGGGCCGAGUGACGCCGCGGCACAUCCUGCUGGCCAUCGCCAACGACGAGGAGCUCAACCAGUUGCUGAAAGGCGUGACCAUCGCAGCAGGCGGCGUUUUGCCCAACAUCCACCCGGAGCUGCUGGCUAAGAAGCGAGGCGCCAAGGGGAAGCUGGAGACGCCGGUGUCGCCGGCGCCGGAGAAGAAACCCAAGACGGUGAAGAAGACUGCAGCGAAGAAACUGGGUGGGAAAAAGGCUGGAGGGAAAACCAAGAGAGGCGAGGUGAGCAAGUCGGCGUCGGCAGACAGCACAACGGAGGGAUCUCUGGCCGACAGCUUCACCGUUCUCUCCACCAAGAGUCUCUUCCUGGGUCAAAAGCUCAACCUCAUCCACAGCGAGGUCAGUAACUUGGCUGGCUUUGACGUGGACGGGGUCAUCAACCCCACCAACGCCGACCUUGAGCUGAAAGAUGACCUAGGCUCUGCUCUGGAGAAGAAAGGAGGGAAGGAUUUCACCGAGGCGCUGCAGGAGCUGAAGAAGAAGAACGGCCCCCUGGAGGUGGCUGGAGCCCUUCUGACCGGUGGAUUCGGUCUGCCCGCCAAGUACGUGAUCCACUGCAACAGUCCAGGCUGGGGCUCCGAGAAAUGCGAGGAGAUGCUGGAGAAGACGGUGAAGAACUGCCUGGCGCUGGCAGACGAGAAGAAACUCAAGUCUGUGGCCUUCCCCUCCAUCGGCAGCGGACGGAACGGUUUCCCCAAGCAGACGGCGGCCCAGCUGAUCCUCAAGGCCAUCUCCAGCUACUUCGUGGCCACCAUGUCUUCCACCAUCAAGACGGUCUACUUCGUUCUGUUCGACAGCGAGAGCAUCGGCAUCUACGUCCAGGAAAUGGCCAAACUGGAAACCAGUUAGAGGACUGGCCGCUCGCUCUGCUCGUCCCUCUGCUUUCUGUUUUCUGUUGGAGAGAGAAAAUGAAGAAAAUCACAAGAAGAAGAAGUAGAAGUGUAAAGGCCGGGAACUUGGUUUUUGCAUCAUGUUUGUAUGUUUACUCUAUAGUUUUAUUCCUUAUUUUCUCGUCACCUCUGGUGUUUAACUGUAAUGUAGCUUUUUCUUUCUAAGAUCUUUUUACUCAGACAGUGCAGCACAAAACGAAUCCAACAAUUCCCAUUUAGUUUUCAGAAUAUAUAUAUAAAUCCAGUAAAAUGGGAGCGGUGCUGCGCCGCGCCGCGCCGCGCGGGCGGUUUGGACGAUACGGGUCGGUGCAUGAGGCAGUAAAAACGGCUCUUCCUGUUGAGCUCGGUUCACUUUAACUGUGUCGUAGUUUUGGGUUUGGAGCGUCUGUCGUACUGUAAAAAGAAAACGGUAAAGAUUUGUUCCGUCUUUAGGAGACUCCAGUAUCGUGUUCUAGAACCAGUUCUUGUGUUGUGUGUUGCUAAUUUCACUUUUCUUGCCUUUUGUUUAGACAGGCAAAGUAUUUUCUCUGUGCACUGCAAAAACGUAGAAAGUUGUUCCAAGCAGCGUAAAUUCAUCCGUUUCUGGCUGAAAACUGGAGGUUUUUGCAGAACGCCUUUUGUUUCUCUUCGUGUUCCUAUAAGUGUUCAUAUAGAUAGGAGUGUUUGUGAAACAUUAUGGACAAAUAUUAAACUGUAACAGAAUUUUAUUUGUUUUAAUUUCCCGUGAUUAUAAAAUGGCACAAAGAGUUGGAAGAAAAAAAGUCGUGUAAGAUUGUUUUGUGUGUGUGUUCCUCUUUUUGUUGUUUUUGUUAAGCCAUAAAAGAUAUUACUGCUGGAACCGGAGGCUGUUGCUGUUGGCUCGGCCGCCGCCAGGGGGCGCUCUGUCCCCAGACAUGGGGCCGGUCUUGUCAGCCAUGUUUGUUUUCCUCAGCAGCGCAGAUGGAUCAGAUUUGAGCGGAUUGGGAACGAAGGACGUCAGACGUGCAGGUCUGCAUUUGGACUUUUCAGCAGCUUGACUUUCUUAUGAGAAGAUAAAAAUUGUUAAACGCUUUCUAAAGAAUUGCUACAGUCUGAUUAUACAAAAAGAUUUAAAAGGUCUGUAUUCACUCCAGUAAUAAAAACCCUUUAAAAACGUCA